CAGUUUUUGCCAGCCAUUGCCAGCUCCGAAAGCCUUGCUCUCGGCAUUCAACCGGCCGUGCACCGAACCACACCAAAACUCUGGACUGACUUAACGCGGGAGAGGCACACCACGACAGCGCAAACGAGAGUUAGCUUGAUCUCCCAGCUGCCGGAAGCGAGCCCCGAAGUACGGCACGAUGCCGUCGGUGAGCCUACAGCCCCCUCUUCUUCUUCAAGGGGCGUUGCGGCGUGUCACCGCUCAGCUACUUCCUCGUCGUCUUCCGGCGCCGACGAAGUCGACCACUGCUCGCACCUUCUCGCACCUCCCAUCCCUCCGACCGACCCUCGCCGCCCCUUCCCCGAUCUUCCGCGCACCCAACAUCAAUAGCACACCCUCGACGACGACGACGGCGGCGACGAUGCUGGCGAGCACGCCAACGGGCGAGGUCCUGGACGUCGUGGCCAAGUCUUCCGUCACGUCGCAUCCGGCGCUGGCCGGGUGCGGAAGCCAGAUCCGGUGCGGCCCGCGGCCGACCAUGUCGGGCGCCUCGCGACUGAUCCAGAAGCGCCGCCACGGCUUCUUGGCGCGCAAGCGGUCGCGCACCGGGCGCAACAUUCUCAAGCGGAGGAUGGCCAAGGGGAGGAAGAAGCUCAGCCACGGCUGAGGCGCCGGGGUCCCUUUUCGCCUGUUUGGCUAGAGACGUCGCGACAAAGGGAGGCAGGGAGAAGUGCAAGGAGACGGGGGAUAGUUUGCGGGCAGGUCGUCAUAGCGGUGAUGUGAUGGAAAACCGAGAUCGGGACUUGCUCAAACGACAAGUGGACGGUCGGGUGAUUGGGACGAUCGGCUAGGCCAAGACCUGAUCGAACCAGCGAACAUGGGGGGGAGGCAAAGGAAAGCAGGCGGGGGUGAUUGCGGGAGGGAGGACCGUGAUGUAUUAUACCUUGGGUGUUGAUGAAAGUGUAUUAUACGGGAAUAUAGAGCGGGGCUUCAAGACUUGACUUCUCAAUCAUGCGAGAAUUAUUCAUGCUUCUAGUCGCUACGCCGGCCUAGUCCGUGUGGGCUAUGCAGCCUUCUUUUCAUUACCUACCAAAGCCACGGGGAAGGCGGGCUUUCAGCGUCA